CCAUUGGCUUUGGUGGUAGAUAGACUGUGAACUUUGUGGGCCAGUAAGUUCUGAGCUAGUCUCAAGUUUUGUUUUAGCACUCAGUUACCCCUCCUCAAUAGUCAUGCCACUGCGGAGUGGGCUGUCUGCCUCACAUGUAGUGAUCACUUUUUGGAGAGUGCUGGGCUCACUAGGCUGCUGUUAACUGCACUCCCGCCUCUCCACCCCCACUAUCUUCACCGACGGGACUUCCCGCAGCCAUGUUGGACAGGAUCGCAGGCACCGUGGCUGCAGUUGAGUGCACCUCAGAUGAAACAUCUCAGAGAUCAGGUCUGAGUCCCACAAGUUUGUUUCUCAGUAAAAGCCUCAAAAUGGCAAAUAAUACUGGAUCGGAGGGGCACGGAACCCGGACAAAGGCCUUGCACUCAGUACCCUUUCCCCAGUAUCUGGCCACACCCUGGCUCACCAUAACCCGCAAAAGCUGGGCAGACAAAAGGCCCAGCGUCAGCAAAGCGCUACAGCAGGGACAGCCCCACUGUGUGUGAAGGACUGAUGGAGAGGUAUGUGGCUGCCAUGGUGCUGAGUGCAGCUGGAGAUGCCUUGGGGUACUUCAACGGGAAGUGGGAGUUUCUCCGGGAUGGGGAAGAGAUUCACCGGCAGCUGGCCCAGCGUGGUGGAUUGGACGCCAUAGAUGUGGAGGGGUGGAGAGUCAGCGAUGACACGGUGAUGCACUUGGCCACGGCAGAAGCUCUUGUGGAAGCCGGCAAAAUCUUGGAUUUGGCUCACCUGUAUUCCUUACUUGCUAAGCAUUACCAAGACUGCAUGGAAGACAUGGAUGGCCGGGCACCAGGGGGUGCUUCAGUGCAGAAUGCCUUGCUGCUGAAGCCGGAUGAGGCCAAUGGCUGGAGGAUUCCCUUUAACAUCCACGAGGGUGGCUGCGGGGCUGCCAUGCGUGCCAUGUGCAUCGGCCUCCGGUUCCCUCACCGUAGCCAGCUGGACACACUGAUCCAGGUGAGCAUCGAGAGCGGCAGGAUGACCCACCACCACCCCACAGGCUACCUGGGAGCCCUCGUUUCUGCUCUUUUUACAGCCUAUGCUGUGAACGGCAAGCCUCCUAGGCAGUGGGGAAAAGGACUGAUGGAGGUGCUACCAGAAGCUAAAAAGUACAUUAUCCAGUCAGGCUACUUUUUGGAGAAGAAUCUUCAACACUGGUCCUACUUCCAAGACCAAUGGGAAGGAUACCUAAAACUUAGAGGGAUUUCGGAUGGCAAAUCAGCCCCUAUCUUCCCCAAGCCCUUUGAUGUGACGGAGAGGGAUCAGUUCUAUACCUCCGUGAGCUACUCUGGCUGGGGUGGCAGCAGUGGACAUGACGCCCCCAUGAUUGCCUACGAUGCCAUCCUGGCUGCGGGAGACUGCUGGAAGGAGCUUGCCCACCGAGCCUUUUUCCAUGGGGGAGACAGCGAUUCUACAGCUGCUAUUGCUGGUUGCUGGUGGGGAGUUAUGUACGGUCUGGAAGGAGUGAGCCCCUCCAACUAUGAGAAGCUGGAAUACAGAAACCGGCUGGAGAAGACAGCCAGGGCUUUGUAUGCUCUGGGGUCAAAGGAAGAUACUGUAAUCACCCUUUAGGGAGGUGUGAUGUCAUUUCUUUUGGGUUCCCCCCCCCCUUGUGUGGUCCCGUUUCUUUUCAGUUUUUCCCAAGUCAAGAGUUUUAACCCUGUACUCUAAGAAUUUUGAGAUGACGUGUCCCUUGAGCACCUGAAGCUCCUCUUUCCAAAUUCAUCCUCAUCCUCCCAAAUCUGUCCCUCUUUCUAUCCUGAAGAAUCUUUUUUUUUUAAGAUUUCAUUUAUUUACUUGACAGAGAGACAGCCAGCGAGAGUGGGAACACAGGCAGGGGGAGUGGGAGAGGAAGAAGCAGGCUCACAGUGGAGGAGCCUGAUGUGGGGCUCGAUCCCAUAACACCGGGAUCACGCCCUGAGCUGAAGGCAGACGCUUAACCACUGUGCCACCCAGGCACCCCAAUCCUGAAGAAUCUUUAUCUCAGUUGACAGGGUCAGCGUCUCCCCAGGCUAGAAGCCUCCAAGCCUCAUAUUUGAGUCUUCAAGUUCAUCAUCUAAACAUUGACUAAGUUUUUUCUGUUUGUUUCAGGUUGAGUUCCCCAAAGUGGACUCUGAGACAAGGAUUUAAGGACAAGUCGUUUAUUGGGGAGGUGAUUCCAGGAAGCAGUGGUAGGAGAAUGGGGAAGUGAGACAGGGAGGGGAGGGAGGCGAGUACAAGGUGUGUUACUGAGUAAGUUACCACUGUGGGCAGUUGGGACUUAGUCCAUCUGGGUUCUCUGUGUAAGCCACUGCUCAGAGUUGUCCUACGCAAGGGGCAAGCAAACCUGAAGUGUUUAUCCGCCCUCGUCCAUCUGACAGUGGUUGAGGACCUCUCCUAGGGAUGUUAGCUCCCUGGGACUCCUUGGCCUGUCCCUUGUGCAAGCCAAACCCAGAUGUCUUCAGCAAAGACUCAGAGUUGCUUGCAGUGGCUAGCUGGACAGUGCAUGGGAGCAGUGAGGGUGAUACGUGGGGUCCCAACAACAUCUGCCAGGUGGUUCUUCCUCGUCAAUAUCCUUCACAUCUACUACCUCUUUUACCUUUUUGCACUAGCCAUCUUUCAGCUGGAUUUCUGCAGUCCACGCCACUCAGGUCUAGGGAGGUGCUGCUCCUAGCUGCACUCUGUGCAUUACUGGCUGUAUUGCCAGUUUUGUUGUUGUCUGCUUGCCUUUAUUCUCCUCCAGACACAGCCUAGCAUUGUGCCUGGGAACACGGGAGGUAGUGAAUCUGUAUAUAUGAAAUGAAGGUUUUUAAUUAACCUGCCUGGUGCCUUAACUCCAGUCUUGCCUUCCUCCUUGCCCUCCAGAGUUCUCUUUACAAAUAACAAAUCAAUCAUGCUGAACUUCUCACGCACACCCCCUUUCUUCACAUCUUGAAGCUCUUCCUUCUCCUUUUCACCUGGUAGAUUCUUACUCAUCCUUCAAGCCCCAGCUCAGGUAGAACCUUCUAGGUGAAACCUGCUCUGAUUGUUCAGGCACUUGGCCACUGUCUCCAGCCCAGUCACCACACUGAUCCUGCUGUUUGGGCAUUGGGUGUCUUCUGAGAACAGUCUCAGUUUCCUUGUGAGGAAUUGUCUUACUCUCUUUGUGGCUUCCCUGCCUGGCCCAUGAGAGACAUUCAAUAAAUAUUUACUUUGGACAUUCA